AUGUCGUACUAUCCUCCUCCUCAGUCUCAAUAUCCGCCCCACGGCCAGCCUCCGGGCCCUCCGCCGCCUCAGGGCUACCAGCAACCGCCUGCUUACGGGCAGCAGCCGCCCUAUGGACAACAACCUCCGUAUGGACAACAACCUCCUUAUGGACAGCAGCCAUAUGGCGCUCCUCCACCUCCUCAAGGCCAUUAUCCUCCUCAGCCCGGCUACCCACCACAGCAGGGCUACCCGCAACAGCCAUACGGCCAACAGCCCUACCCCGGUGCGCCGUCGCCUCAGCCACCAGCGGGAUACCAGCACACGCCCUCGCCGCAACCUCCCUACGGCCAACCUCAUGGCUAUGCCCCUCCGCCUGGCGGUCCUCCGGGCCAACCACCUCACGGCUAUGCCCCUCCGCCCGGUGGUGCUCCGGGCCACCCACCUCCUGGCCCAUAUGGCGCCCCUCCGCCUGGAGGCGCGUACCCGCCGCAGCCCCAGGUGCCGUCCCUCGGCUAUGACCCGCAAGCCAAGGCGCAAGGCGAUUUCCGGCGCCAAGCAGAUGAGCUGCGCAAGGCGAUGAAGGGCUUCGGAACGGACGAGAAGGCUCUGAUCUCGGUGCUUUCGCGCCUGGACCCGCUCCAGAUGGCUGCCGUGCGCUCUACCUACACCCAGACGCACCAUCGCGACCUGUACAAGGAUAUCAAAUCCGAGACGGGCGGGCACUUCGAACAGGGGCUGCUGGCUAUUGUCGAUGGCCCGCUUGAGCAUGAUGUCGAGUGCGCGCGCGAGUCGGUCAAGGGCAUGGGUACAAAGGAGUGGCUUAUGAAUGACGUGCUCCUAGGCCGGACUAAUGCAGACCUCAACGCCAUCAAGACAGCCUAUGAGCGCAAAUACCACCGUUCGCUAGCGCGGGAUAUCGAGGACGAUCUCUCCUUCAAGACGGCCGAGCUCUUCGCAGCUGUUCUACACGCUACCCGCCACGACGAGUUUGCCCCGAUUAACCCGCAAGCCAUUGAAUCCGAGGCCCGCGCCCUGCACGACGCUACCUCGGGUCGCGCGGUCAACAACGUCUCCGAGUUCUGCGCCGUCUUCGCACGUGUCUCAGACGCGGAGAUGCGUGCUAUCGACCAGGCAUUCCAGGCUCGCUACCAUACCUCGCUGGAGAGACAUAUUGAAAAGUCCUUCUCGGGCCAUAUGCAAGAGGCUCUUCUGCACAUGCUCCGCACGGCUACGGAUCCGGCUAUGCGCGAUGCGAUCCUGCUUGAUGAAUGCGUUCGCGGCCCAGGAACGAGGGAUGAGCGUCUUGUCGUUCGUGUUGUGCGUAUCCACUGGAACCGCGCGCAUCUGGACCAGGUGAAGCGCGCUUAUAAGCAUAAGUACAAAACGGACCUUGUCGCUCGCGUGCGUGGGGAGACCGACGGGGACUACCAGCGCCUGAUGGUUGCUCUGCUUGAGUAA